AAAAUAUCUACAAAAAUGCUUGAUCGACCCCUUAAAAUUAGAAUUUUUUUACAACUGAUUUGCGUUGGCAUUGUUUCGGCAAUAUUUUUUUGUAGUGAAAUUGUUCAGCACGAGAUCACAAAAUUAAACCAGAAAGGUGAAACUUUGGCUGAGAAAGUCAACGAAGACGAUUCACAGAAUGUUCGUGACAAGGUAGAUGAAAUUGAGAAACGUUGGGAAGAUUUACUCGAUAAGUCAUAUGAUGAACAACAGAAACUUGAAGACGCUUUAAUCGAGCGUGGUCAAUUCGGUGUUGCUAUUGACGAACUGUUAGUCUGGGUUGAUGAGACAAAAACAAACCUGACCUCAGAAGAAGAAGUACCAAAAGACAAGAAGUUGAUUGAAGUCGAACUGUCGAAACUGAAGAUAAUUGCAAACGAUGUCAAGUCGCAUAAACCCAGUGUGACCAGUUGUCAAGAAGCCGCACAAAAGUUGGUAGACGAAGACAAGGCUCAACCUGAACUAAAAUCCAAACUUGAAGACCUGACUAAAGGUUGGGAUGAAAUCCAAGAAUUGUUAAAAGAAAAAGAAGAUGGCCUUCAAAAUGCUUUUGAUGAAUCGAGAAAGUUCCAAGGACAAGUUCGUGAGUUAAACAUCUGGUUAAGUGAAGCUAAAACCUUCUUGAAAUCAAAAGCUCCGAUCGGCGCGAAAUCCGAAACCGUGGAAAAACAACUGGAUAAACAUAGGGAGUUUGUAAAAGUUAUUGAGGUACGAGAAGAGGUGUACAUAUAUAUCAUCGAGACAUUUGAAAUCCUUAUUAAAUCUAGCGACAUCAGUGGCGCACGAGUUCUGGAGAAAGCCCAAGAGGAGAGUAAAACAUCAUGGUCUGUUGUCUCAAAAUUGUCUCAAGAGAAGUCGGACAAACUUGAAGACGCACUUGAAAAUUCUCGUCUUUUGGAAAGUUUGAUUUCAGAACUGGAGGUAUGGGUUGUGAGGGUGGAAGGAAAUAUAACCUUGUUUUCUGAUGUCAGCACCAUCUAUGAAACCAUCGUUGUGGAAAUGAAAGAUUUUGACGAGAUUUACCAGGAAGUUUCAGACAAACGAGAAGAUUUCCGUACCGUCAGAAAAACAGCUGAUAAGGUGAUUGAGAAUUGUACAGCAGAAGAAGCGAAGGAGGUCAACCACGAGAUCGAUGACCUCACUGAGAAAUGGAAGGGGGUCAACGGUAAACUCAAGACGCGCAAGAAGAUUUUGGACGAUAACUACAACGAAUCUAAAAUAUUCUUUGAAGGUCACGAACAAUUAAUGACGUUCCUUGAUGACGUUGAGAAUAAGAUCAAUAGCGAUUUAUCAGUCGGAAAAGAUGCUCCAUCCGUAAAAGCUCAGAUGAGAAAACACAAGGAAUAUCAAAACGAGCUUGGAAAGAAACAAUCCAAAUUUAACGCAACUGUUAAAGCCGGCAAAACUCUUGUUGAUAAGAGUCAACCGCAUGAAGUGACCAUCAUUGAAGAAAAAAUCACUGUUUUAUCUUCUCGCUGGGACGUUGUGUGUCAUGUUUCUGUCGAUAGGCAACAUCAACUUGAAGAAGCAUUGCUCUUCCAUGGAAUGUUUCACGACGCUGUGCAAGCCCUUGUGGAUUGGAUCGACACAGUCGAGCCAAGUUUGCUUAGCGAGACAGCUGUUAUGGGAGAUGUUAACACCGUAAAGUUGUUAAUCGAUAACCACAAAGCUUUCCAACGUGAUCUUGCAAAACGAGAGAAGAACUAUGAGUCUAUUGUAAAGACUGGAGAAGCGAUGUUGGAGGAAGGAAAAGUCGAUGAUGUUGAAGCUUUAAAGGAGGAACUAGACAAUCUAAAGAACCGAUGGGAAAAUGUAGGACAAGCUUCUGUAACUAAACAGGAGCGCUUGCAAAACGCUUUCACUCUUGCGAAGGAAUUCCAAACUGGUGCAAAAUCAUGCUUAGAUAACAUAAAUUCUUUGGAAGAUGAACUAAAGGGACAAGGUCCUAUUGCAGAAGAUGCUCCUGGCAUUAAGAAGCAGCAAGAAGAAUUUAUUGUUUUUAUGGAAACAUUGGAAGAAGAAGAAGUGCGUGUUAAUACUUUGUUAAAGAAAGGAGAAGUUAUUCUCAGGUUCUGUCACCCGUCAGCAUUAACCACAAUUCGACAUCACAUAGCAGUUGUUAAAAAGCGAUGGAAUGACAUAUCUGGUUGGGCGAAACAACGCAAAACUAGACUCGAUGAAGCUCUUGAGCAACUACUGGAAGAGGAGAAGUUGUCGGCGUUGCUUUUAGAAUGGCUUACUGAACAGGAGGAUAUUUUAGAUCAGCGGGAAAAAAUUCCACUUCCUGAUGAUUAUAAUGUACUCACAGAACUGCUUGAAGAACAUAAGUUAACUCAAGAUGGUGCUGAGCAGAAACAACCAGACUACAACAAGAUCACUAAAAACGCCAGAAGAAAACCGUUAACUGACCGUCAACGUCGAGCAAUGUCAGCUGCUUCUCGUGGACGACAAGAUCCAAAUGCUUCAAAGAGAGAUUUUUUCAACCCAAUGGUUUCACAGCUGUAAAGGUUGCAACGCUAUUGGUUAGUGCUUAUGGACCGCAACAGACGUCUUCAAGAAAAACUAGACCAAAUCCGCAUUCGCAAAGCCGCUGCGGAGUUUAGCUGGGAUGAAUGGAAAGACCGCUUUAAUGGCUGGUUGCGUGAAUCUAAAUCAAGAGUUCUUGACAUGUGGCGAAAGAAUGACAACGAUAAGGAUAACAAACUUACUCGCGAUCAGUUUGUGCAUGCAAUAGACGAUACUUCUUUCCCUGCGGAACGAUGGGAGAUUGAACUUGUGUUCGAUCAACACAAACGUCAUAUUCUCAUUACGUAUCAAGACUUCAUGGAUGCUCUGAAAGGACGAAAACGCAAGCCUGAUAAACCGCUGACUGAAGCUGAACAAAUUCACGACAUCAUUGGCGCAGAAGUCUCCAAAUGUUGUUGCGCGGAGAUGUACAAGAUGGAAAAGGUUGGAGAAGGAAAAUACAAGUUUGGAGACAUGCAGAAAUUACGUUUGGUACGUAUAUUGCGAAGUGUGGUGAUGGUUCGUGUUGGCGGUGGAUGGGAAACCCUAGCUGAAUUCUUAGAUAAAAAUGAUCCCUGCAGAGCUGAAGGACGAACAAACUACGAGCUUCGAGAGAAAUUUAUCAUGCCUGAGCACGCCAGUCAGGGUAUGCAAGCCUUCAAAUCAAAUUUCGGAAAGAAAGAACCUUCCAUGACACGAGAUCGUCCUUCCGUAUCAAGAGAGGGCUCAAGCUCAGGUAUUCCUAGAAGAAUUACCCGAGAGAAAUCUGGUGGUGAUAUAAAAGGUGGUCGUCUUUCUGUACCAGGCAUGACGAGAAAGAAAUCUGAUUUAGAUAGGGAAGGCAGGAAUAUACCAACUUACAAAUCUAAGGAUUACUCUGGUGUGAGAGGUAGUGGAUAUGGCACGUCUCCAAAGAAAAAGAGUCCAAGUGCAGAUUCGCCUAUGACUAGAACACCUUCACAACCUAAAAUCAGUCGUGAACGAUCUGGUGACGUCUACUCUAGGUUGUAUGGAACACCCAAAACAACAGCAGGAAAAACUACAGCCACGCCUCGAACCUCUACCAGUACCGCAUCAAAAAGCGCUACCCCAAGAACUUCUAGUGCAAAAACGCCUACAAAAUCCGCUGUCCCAAGAAGAACGUCAUCUUCUAGUACUGACAAAGAAACCAAGAAAAGCACUUCCACCAAGGAACCAGCUGUACCACGUGUCUCCGUGACAGGAACAGAUGGUUCUUCUAGUCCACCAAAAGGUGCAACCACCAAACCCCGUACAGGAGGUGUUUUCGAACGGUUAACCACUCAAGGUACAGCCACCAAGAAAGGAGUAGCGAAGAAAGGAACUGACGCUUCCACAAAAACAGACGGAGCAACGAAGAGAAGGACGUCGACCAAAAAAUAGAUUCGCAAGUUACGUGAACGCGCGAGUUACGUAAACGCGCUACAAAACUAAACGAGUCUUUCUGAAGAAAAAGAAGGACGAAAAUAAACAUUAAAAGACAACAAAAAAUAACAAUAUUAUAAACGAAAUUUACAUUCAUUUGUAACUUCUUAGGAUAUUUUUAAAACUUAGUCUUUGAAACAGAUUUCAAUUUAGUUUUUUUUAAAACAAACAAAAGUGCAGCCAAUCCUUGGUCGCCAUGAAUGAAAAAAUUCUGUUAGUUCAUACUUACGUUGUGUUUCAAAUUUAGUUGUUUACAAUUUCGUAAAAUUAUUUUUUUGACAAUUUAUUAACUUUUGUACUUUUUUUUGUAUAUAGUCAGCACUUUUAUGGAUGCCUACAUUGUAAAUGAUGCACCUUAUCUACGCUUGUCUAUCUGUAACUUUAAUAACUUAUUUUUCGAUAGACUUCACAACGAUACGCACGUGGAAUUUCUUUAUGUUUUUUUGUACGGACAAACCCUAUUAAAAUAACAAACUUUAGAGUGACUUCAAUUCGGCCUGUGUUGAAGUCAUUCUUCAGGAAAGUAACAUUUUAGGAGAUUUAUCAUGGCCUGUAUAAGUCUUUUGAAAUGUUACUUGAAAGCGAGGCUUUUUAUAUAUUACAUCUUGGCCUGUUUAGCCUCGUUUUAAUAUAGGGUUCUUAGAAAUUAGGAUAGGAAAAAAAGAAUCUGUUUUUUUUGUAAUAUUUGUGUUUGUGUUGUGUAAAUAUUUGUAAACAUUUAGGGAAAUAAGAAUUGAAAAUAUAAUUUAACAAAUAAAAUUUUGUCUCAUUUAUCUCUGUUGUUUCAAAGAAGGAGUAAGUGGUUAAUCAACGAACAAAUUCCUUCCAGAAAGGUUCUUUUGGUGCUUUGGUAGCUUAGACGUCGUGGUGGAGAAGAACAACACCAUUACACAUGCGGUUUAUAACUAGCGAUGACUCGAAAGUGUAAGCUGAUGCUGCUGAGAAGCAAGAAGUCCGGUGAAUGGGUUUGAGGGCUUAUGAUACGAGGAAAAAUAUGCCUACUGCACACCCGUAUCAAAAAAGCGAAAAGAGGCCCUGGUGACGAGGUUGCUCUUAUUAUUUUCACAUUUUUCAGUGAUCCAACUGGUGUUUUCUUUUCUUUUCCAAAUUAUUGUAGUGUUUCCAC